UUAAAAUUUUUUAAUUAUAUUGAUAAUUUUUCAUAUUCAAAAUUAUCCGUCGUUAAUAACAAAAAAAAAAAUCAGAACUGAUUUAAAUUAUAAAAGUAAUCACCAUUUUAUUAGAAAAUGUCUGCCGGUGCUAAAAUAGCUUUAGCGCUUUCCGUUGGUUUUUCAGCCAGCGUUAUUGGUUAUGUACACUACAAACAGAGCAGCGACCGUGCACGCCUUCAUGAAGGUGUCGUUCGCGAUAUUGAACGUCAACAACGUCGCAAAACUGAAAAUACAUAUCUUCUCCAAAAACAAAUCGAUUUAACAAAGCAACUUAAGGAUAUGGAAAGCACAGAUCAACGGUCGGAAAUUAAUCAGAAUCCUAAUAUACAGUAAAUCUUUUAAUGUAGAUUAUAUUAUAUUACCAAUAAAAACAAAUUAUUUAAAGUAAA